AUGACUAAUGAUAUUUAUAAAAUUGCAAAAGAAUUUCUAAAAUAUGAAAACAUUAUGAAUAAUUCUGAUAAAACAGGUAGUAUUCUGAAUGACGCUAAUUUUAAAGAAAUUAAAGGAAAAACAUUUCCAGGUUUUAGUAAUAUUGAAACCAUAUGCAAAAAAUUUGAUAAUUAUACGAACGCUAUACAAACUAAUAUAGACACAAAUGUGUCUUACAAUUCCAGUUGCAUAUAUUUGUAUUAUUGGCUAUAUUAUUAUAAUAAUAAUAAUGAAAGGAAUAUUGUAGAAGUUAAAAAACUUUAUGAUGAAUUGAUCUCUGCUGAUAGUACAGCUCAUCAAGAAUUAUGCAAAACUUAUAUUGGCACUACUAUUACUGAUGAUGUAAUGUCGAAGCUCAAGGAUCUGCAUGUCAUGUACACUAAUCUAGAUAAUAUAGAAGAAAAUAAUAGUUCUCAAUGUGCAGAUAAAUGCAGUUGUGCCAAUGAAUGCUCUGCUCUAUAUGUGAAAUACAAAGAUUCAUGUGAAUUAAAUAGUUACUCUAAUUUUUGUAAUGAAUUAAAAAAUGUUAGGGAAAAAUAUAAUGAACUAAGUACAACUAAAUGUUCUGUACAAUUAUCAUAUAAAAAGUUACCCUUGUUUCAAAAAUAUAAUAUAACAAUUCCUAUUUUUAUCCCAUAUAAUUCAUGCUUUCAAGGAACUAUAAGAAGAAAACGAAAUAAGUGGAAUAAUAUAGAUGAAGAUUAUAUUAUAUUCCAAUCGUACCAUAAUGUGAGCAGUGCUGCUAUGAAUAGUAAACACAAUAUUUUAUAUCAUAAUGUCUAA